AUGCGGAUUCGACCGUUGCAAAUCGUCAUAGCCAGCUGCAUGGUGCUGGGAGCGUUUGGGAAACGCAAGGGUAUGACGAGCGUCGGUUCGAAGAUUCAAGACAUCGGUCCAACUACAACAACCGAUUCGGUGGAGCGCCAAGAUCACAUCUCUAACUUUCUGGCGGAUCAUCCCGAUGGCGCUUCAAAAUUGCAGCGAACGGCCGCCCUCGAUCACCACGUGGUAGCACCUGCCGCAAACAUGUCUGUUGCCGAAGAGAAACAGGGCAGCACCACUCUUUCGCCCCCCAAAAACAAGGUCAAGGGAGCUUAUCUCGUGGAGCUAGAUCCUGCAGGCCACUCCGAUCUGGUCAGGCGAGAUGGAGAAGACAUUCACGAUGCGUUUCACGAGUACCUUUCCAAACGUGCAGGGCCUGACGCCAACGGUGUCAAGUACGACAAGCGAGUGGACAUCAAGGCAGAGGGCGUCUUCUUUGGCGCGUCGGUGCAGCUCGCUGCAGACAUUGACCACGUCUCCCUGAGUCAGAUUCCGGGCGUCAUCAGCGUUAGCGCCGUUGGAGAGGUCCACCCGGCUGCUUUCUCCAGCGCGAAAGCAAGCGCAGAAGCAAUCAAAGCUCUAGCAGCUGGACCGCUACCUGAACAUGUCAUGAUCGGCGUGGAUAAACUUCAAAAGGAAGGGAUCACCGGCAAAGAUGUUACUAUUGGCAUCAUUGACACUGGUGUCGACUACACGCUGUCUGCACUCAACGGAGGCAAGAAAGCUGGCGAAGCGUGCAUCGGACCGGAGUGCCCGAUCAUCAGCGGUAUCGAUAUCGUAGGCGAUGAUUAUGAGGAUCGCUUCGGAGGCAAGCCUGUUCCGGACAAAGACGUCAUGCCAAAGUGCCCCACGAAGAAGACGCUUUCGAUUGCCGCUCAUGGGACGCACGUAACCUCGACCAUCAUUGGCAACGACCCUGAAAGGGGCUUCAGAGGUGUAGCGACUGGCGCCAAAGUCAGAAUGUACAAGGUUAUGGCUUGCCAAAAUGGUAUUGGCUCCGAUGCCUUGCUGCUGGCAUUGGCCGCUGCUAUGAAGGACGGCGUCGACUUGAUCUCUAUGUCAAUCGGGGGGGUAGGUGGAUGGGCAGACGCGCCCGGUCUCGCUCCAUGGAAUGCGGCUGGAAAGAAAAUCCCAAUCGUGGUGUCCUCGGGCAACGCCGGUGGAGAAACCGGAAGCUUCUCGACGACCGACACGGGCAGUGCCGACGAUCUUCUUGCAGUGGGAUCAGUCGACAGUACACAUUACAUCGGCGUCAAAGCCCAGGCAAUUGGACUUGAAAAGGCGAAGGACAUUGUUGUCUACAGCACUUACGCCUUCGUCGAAGAAGCUGGCAAGCCCUUGGACCUGCCGCUCGUAGUCCUCGACACCAAGUACAACGCUGGAUCCGCCUGCAGACAAUUCCCAGAGUCCACCAACUUCCAAGGCAAAGUCGUCAUGGUGUGGCGUGGUCAAUGUCGCUUCACAGUCAAGUUGAAGAAUUUGUUGGAGAACGGAGCCAAAUACGUCUUGAUCGCGAAUCGGCCGCCUCCUGGAGCACUCUUUUACGUUGAACCAAUCGAGUGGGACAAUGGACAAAUGACUGUCGGCACAAUUUCUUACGAGGACGGUCUCGCUCUCGCUGAUGGUGCUGCGAAGGGCUCGAAAUUGAGCGUAAGAUUUCUGGAUAGCAACUUCACGAUUCUCGAGAACCAAGAUUCGGGUGGCGCUGUUAGCGGUUUCAGCAGCGUCGGCCCUACCCUAGACACAUUCUUCAAGCCAAACGUUGUGGCGCCUGGUGGCAACAUCAUCGGUGUAGAACCCGCAGCGGUCGGUGGAUACAGCAUUAUCAGUGGCACCUCCUUUUCAGCCCCAAUCGUCGCUGGCUGCGUGGCUCUGUUCAAGGAAGCGCGAAGAGACAAGAAAUGGACGCCGGCAGAGAUUCGAGACCGCAUUCAGUCCACCACCACGCAGGUUUUGGAGGACCCGCACGGCUUUUUCGGCACCGCGACAAAUCCUAAGAUGCUCAGCAGCGCCGGUCGGCAGGGUGCCGGCCUGAUCGACAUCUGGCGCGCUGUCCAUGCGACAACGUCGGUUACACCUACCCUCAUCAGCCUCAACUACACGAACCACUUGGCGCCAACGCACACGAUCACCAUCACAAAUGACGGCAAAAUGCCUCAGGAGUACACCAUGCAGCAUCAACCUCACGGUGCAUUGGUCGCAGCAACUUUCUACGAAGACGAUGGCUUCCUGAAUUGGACCCAGUAUCCUUUCAACCACACGGAUGACGCCGCCAAGGUGACCUUCGAGCCGGUAACCUUCAAAGUGGAACCAGGCGCAAAGCAGCAAGUCAAGAUCAGUUUUACAAAACCAGCCGAUGACUUUAAGAACAAGCCUUUCGAAGUGUAUUCAGGGGUCAUUUUGGCCAAGUCGAAAGAGGACCUCGGGACAGUCUCGGUCAGCUAUGGGGGCAUCAUGGAGGAUCUCAGCAAACGUGUUGUCAUGGACACCACCGUCAACUAUUGGGGUCCUGACGAGGGCACAGCGGUAGCACUUGUUGGCAAUGCUCAAUUGCCAUUCACGCCGUCCGACAACAUUACUUUCAAUCUCAAUCAGACCGACUUACAACCCAGCUGGUACUUUAGAAGCCUGUCGCCCACCUCCUGGGUCCAAGUCGCCUUGGUCGAGCCAAACACCACGUUUCCCGCAACUUAUACUUGGAAGGCGCCUGAAUCUGCACCUGCUCCUCCCGAAGAUCAACCAGGACAGCACGCCAGACGUGAUCUUUCUGCCAUGGCACAGCGCUUCGAGAAGCGCUUCAAGGUACCGUCCAAGCGCAGCGAGCUGGAUCGCAGAGGCGCAUCGACCACUGAUCCUGUCCAAUCUGGGGACAAGGGUAAGACAACAAAGGGUUCGACAGAAGUCACGAAAUCUGGGCCGAACCCUCCUCCCCCACGCGCCGAGACUCCCAAGCUGUUCAAAGACGUCAAGGUCAUCGCUAUCGUACAGCAAUACAACAACGAAGGCCGCCACGACAACUAUCACAACCCUUACGACCACGAGGCUAUAUCCGACAUUGCUGUUGACCAGGCAGGCAAGCGGUACGUCAUCAAGCCAGGGACGUACAAGAUCCUCAUUCGUGCCCUCAAGCCUCUCGCAGAUCCUAUGUUGUCGGAGAGCUACGACAGCUAUCUGUCGCAAGAAUUUGUGUAUGCUCAAGACGGGCAAGGUCAACAGGGCCGCGAUCUUGGUCAUGAUCGUGAUGGCGAAGGCGAUGACGAGGGGGACCCGCCUUGA